AUGUCUUGUGGAAAAGACAAGAUAUCCUAUCUUGUGUCUUUAGGGCUUGGUCCUUAUUUCCAGGAUCUUCUAAAGGACAAGCUCAAAACAGUGAAUGAUGGUUUUGUACUAUUGUUUGACGAAUCUCUAAAUCGAGAACUAAACAAGAAACAAAUGGAUAUGCAUGUCAGAUACUGGGAUACAGAUAAGGUUGUUACAAGAUACUAUGGCUCUGCUUUCCUGGGUCAUGCUACUGCUCAAGAUAUGCACCAAAAAUUAUGUGAAAACUUUCACUUUGACGGAAAAAGUGUUGUUGAGAUAUCAAUGGAUGGCCCCAAAGUCAACUGGGCAUUGUUCAAAUUACUCAGUGAGGACCUCCAGAAAGCAUCAGAAAAAAAGUUUGUGGACAUUGGCAGUUGUGGGCUUCAUACAAUGCACAAUGCUUUUCGUGCAGGCCUUGCAUCAACUGGCUGGGAACUGGGUCAUUUUUUCUCAUGGCUGUCUUGGCUUUUCAAAGAUACCCCAGCAAGAAGGGAAGACUUCACAUCACUAACUGGCAGCAGUGAUUUUCCUCUUGAACAAUGUCAGCAUCAAUGGGUGGAGAAUGUUGAGGCGGCAGAGAGAGCUCUCAAAAUAUGGCCCCACGUAAAAAAAAUAGGCAAUCAACACCAAGUCUUUUGAGCACCUGAAAGGCUGUAUGGAUGAUGUACUACUAAUUGCCAAAAUUGAAAGCUUCAUAUCCAUUGCAAAGGUUUUGCAACCUUUUUUUUAAAGAUAUCAAACAGAUGCCCCACUGUUGCCCUUUAUGGCCCAAGACCUCUUCAACAUGCUUCGGUCAUUGUUGCAAAGAUUUGUGACACCAGCUGUUUUUAAAGAAUGCACUUCAGUUACUGCACUGCUUAGUGCAGAUUUGUGAGAUAUAAAAAAUCUUCUGCCUCCUGGAGAAGUUGACAUAGGUUUUUAAGCCAAAUCUGCUGUCAAAGAAAUUAAGAGUAAAGCCAGUGCAAGGGAUAUUUUAAACUUCCAGAUGGAGAGCAGAAAGUUUCUGAUAACAACAGCCAUGAAAUUAAUGACAAAAUCUCCACUGAAAAAUCAGCUUGUCCAGUGUUUGAAAUGGCUACAGCCUAAAAACAUUGUAGAAGAUUUUGAUGGUUCUUUAAGAGACUUAGAUGCCACUUUGAGCUACUUAGUUCAGCUUGGCCGUGUCAGCGCAGAUGACUGUGAUGAUAUCAAGUCGGAAUUUACCCAGUGGCAGUUCCAUCGUCACCACAAAUUCUGUUGCAUUCCAGUCCUUCAGUAUCCUAUGUGAUAGACUGGAUACUUUUUUUAAUCAACAUAUUAACAGUGAAUUCAGUAAACUAUGGGCACUAAUGAGAGGAAUUUUGAUUCUUAUAGCCAAGAGAAUGAUUUUAACAGCAUUGAAGCAAUGGGAGGAAUUAAAAAUGUAUCAAUUUCUUCAAGCAUGCGAAUGGCUGCUGCUUCAGCCAGAUCAAAGUAUAGAAUUUAUCUGGAAGAAAGGGCUGAGGAGGAAAAAAGAAAGAACCUAAAAAGGAAAAGAAACGAUCAAUUUGAAGAACUUGAGGCUAUGAAAGCCAAAAAAGCUAUGGACUAUAAAUAUUUUUUUUUAUUUUUUUGGCGCGAAUUUUAUGUCCUGGAAUUUUUAAAUUUCUCUUUGAAAACUCCUUGAAUUUCAUUUAGACUUUGGUGCAGAAACCCUGAUUAGUAAACUAUUAGGAGUGUAAUUUGUCACCCAGCUUGAUCUGGUUAUUAAAGAGAAAUUUGAGUACAUGCUUAACAACGGACAUUUAAAAUUCUUUUUAGUUGUAGGCCAAAUCUGAUGGCAUAGUUGUUAAUUUUUUUGUGUGAGAAAAAGAGCAAGUUACUUUUGUUUUUGACGAUCUUUUAAAAGCAUAAACAUGGCUGGGAUAUAUCCAGGUGUAUAAGGCAUUCGUUGACCUGUCAUUUCAUACCCGGUCAUUUCAUCCGCAAUUAAAUAUUUUUUCUUAUUCAUUGUUUAGUUGUGCUGUUAAGGCCUUGACUUUAAGCCCUCAUUUCAUCUAAUAUAUAAAUAUGAUUAUGUAGAAUGCUGUUUGAUAUUUUUGACAUGUUAUUUAUGUGUUUAUAGUUUUUCUCCUUCCACUUUACAUUCUUGAUGAGAAAUCUUAUAAUAUAUUGUUUAUCUGGGUGUGUACUUAGCUAUAGCGUUUCUAUUGAAUGUGGGGAAUAUAAUAUUAUCCUGCGCAUGACGUAAUGAUCAAAAGUCAAUGUGUGGUGGAAGUAGUGGCUGAUAACUCCUGGGGACCAUCUUUCACUUUAUUUUAUUUUUCAAUCGCUCUUUCAAGAAAAUGGGAGCGUCAUUUUUAGCCUUGAAAUAAGGUUUUAUUUUCUUUUAAUGAAGGCUGAUUCAUCCAUCCUCAGGAUAUCAUGUCGCCUAUAUAAAUUUUGCUUUUAUUUCUUUUAAACAUGAAUGUUGUAAAAUGUGUUAUAGGCAAAGAUAAUUACAAAACCUUGUUAAGUAAUUUGAAUCGAUGGAUCGUCUUCUGUACUUACAAUCAAUAUCCUAUCUAUCUUAUCUUAUCUUACCUAUCUACAUAAAUGUAGAUGAACACAAAAACACUUUUUUACAUGACCUCUAUAUUUAUCAUAUUAACAUAUUACAUUUUUUAGCUUUUAAUGGCAUUUAAUUUUAUUCCUAUCUAAUGUGUUACACAUUUUGUCAUGUAAUUAAAAUUGAAUAUAUUAUAAAUAUUGCUUAUUUCAUGAUUUGUACAAUGACUAUUUGUUAGAUAAAAUGAUCAGAUGAUGAAAAGAACAGGGAUGAAAUGACCAGGAACCAAGGCAAUCAGCUACUUAGUGGGAUUCUAGUGUUCUUACUGUGCUUGGUUAUAUUACUUUUUGUGUUUCAUCUAGAGGUCAAACUAUUGUCAAUUACCUCUUUUCAUGUAUAAUCUUGCAUUUUGAAUCUCUUUCAGGUGGAAACAAAAAAGUUGCCUUUCUGUUGUUCCCAUUAAUGUGAUACACUCUUACUCCAGAAAGCAUUUAAUUUGCUUUCUAAAACUUAUAUAUAAAAUAAUUAAUGUCAAUUUUUGAAUUGAUUCAUGUUUUCUUUUUAGUUACAAUAAAAAAAAUUGUGCAAAAUUUCUACUUUAUUGGAGAAGAGGUAGAUAAAAUAAAUGAGAAAUGGACGAGCUCCCAUCCAAAUCACAAGAAAGAUGAUGCUUACUAUAAGCUAUCCCGACAAGACCAGCGUCUAAUCUUUCGACUCAGGACCGGACACAACAGAAUGCGACAACACAUGUUCCGGAAGCUCAAAAUUGGAACCAGUGAAAUCUGCCCAUGUGGAGUAUCACCAGAAAAUGCCGACCACGUCCUCCAAAACUGCUCUCUCUACCAAGAGGCCCGUAUAAGACAUUGGCCCCAAAUCACCCCAAUAGAAAGAAAACUAUAUGGAGAGCUCCCUGAUUUGGAAACCACUGCGCAGUUCAUCUCAUGUAUUGGUCUAGUCAUAUGAACACUCCAACAUAACAAUGAGAACGAUGAAGAAGAAGAAGGAGAAGAGGUGCUGGAGAAAUAACAUACACAGACUUUUUGCCAGA